GGCUUUGGUGACAGGCGAGGGUGGGGGGAAGAGUUCAGCCCGAGUCAGUCUCAUUCACUGAUUUCUCGGCGCUGGACCGAGGCUGCCUUCCCAAGAGGCUCCCAACUACCCCCGCACCUCCGUAGUCCCACCUCCGGCCGCUGCACUCUCAGCCUGGCAGACUGACGGACGGCUCGCUAGUUAGCAGCUUCACGCCCGAGGGUGUCGGGAGCCCAGGCGGCGAGGACCGGGCGCCCCCGGAGCAGCAAGCAGCUGGGCGAUAUGCCGUGCGGGCAGCGGCGCUAAGUGCCCCGGCGCUGAGCGCGGGGUACGUUCGCUCCUGGCCGCGGGCCAAGCGGCGGCGGCGGAGGGCAUGAGCCCGGGACGCGCCAGGCGCCUGCCGCGUGCUACCGCCCCGAGGUGGACGCCAAGCAGGGUUCAUCGCAGGAGCGCGCGGACACCUGCCCUCCGGGGCACGCGGCUGCGGUCAGGAUGCCCUGGGCGCCUCCUUGCUGGUGAGGAUGUCCUGCUGCGCGGCUUUGCACCCGUCCCAGGUGGGCACGAUUGAGUGCGCCCGGCUUCGGCCUCUCGUGCCGGUAGAUGAAAAGCGCCAGAGUCCUUGUGGGCAAUCAACGAUCGAAUCUGAAUUUUAAGAGCCAUGGACGAAGGUACUGGGCUGCAGCCCCGGGCUGGAGAGCAGCUGGAGGCACGGGCCACAGUAGGAGCUGUCCAAGAGAAGUGCGAGCCAGAGACCUUUAGGUCUAAGAGUUUACCGGUGCUGAGCAGCGCCUCCUGCCGGCCGACCCUCAGUCCUGCGAGUGCAGACGCCAAGCCAGCCUUUGGCUGUAUGGAUUCUUUGGGCCACCAGGAGCUGAAGCCAGGCCUGAACCCGUUGGCACCCAGCCCCUCUGCCCCGUCCACUUCGGCGGGGAUGGCAGGGCUCGUGGACUGUAACCACAGGGUGGACCUCAGCAAAACCGUCUCGGUGUCCUCCGCGUUGGCCACGCUGCAGGAGAGAAGGUGCCUCUAUGUGGUCCUCACCGAUUCCCGCUGCUUCCUGGUUUGCAUGUGCUUUCUGACCUUCAUCCAGGCGUUAAUGGUCUCCGGGUAUCUGAGCAGCGUCAUCACCACCAUUGAAAGGCGCUACAGUCUGAAGAGUUCCGAGUCGGGGCUGCUGGUCAGCUGCUUUGACAUCGGGAACCUGGUGGUGGUGGUGUUCGUCAGCUACUUUGGCGGCCGGGGUCGGCGGCCCCUGUGGCUGGCCGUGGGGGGACUUCUCAUCGCCUUGGGGGCUGCCCUCUUCGCCUUGCCUCACUUCAUCUCGCCUCCCUACCAGAUCCAAGAGUUGAACGCCUCAGCCCCCAACGACGGCCUGUGUCAGAAUGGCAACUCCACGGCGACUUUGGAGACCCCCGCCUGCCCGAAGGACUCGGGAGGAAAUAAUCACUGGAUCUAUGUGGCUUUAUUUAUUUGCGCACAGAUUCUCAUUGGAAUUGGCUCCACACCUAUUUAUACUCUGGGACCAACCUACUUAGAUGACAAUGUCAAGAAAGAAAACUCAUCCUUGUACCUAGCCAUCAUGUAUGUCAUGGGAGCACUUGGCCCUGCAGUGGGAUAUUUACUAGGUGGACUUCUGAUUGGUUUUUAUGUUGAUCCGAGAAAUCCUGUUCAACUUGACCAGAAUGACCCUCGUUUCAUUGGGAACUGGUGGAGUGGAUUCCUCCUUUGUGCCAUUGCAAUGUUUCUUGUGAUAUUCCCAAUGUUUACUUUUCCAAAAAAGCUUCCACCUCGACACAAGAAAAAGAAAAAGAAAAAAUUUUCUGCUGAUGCUGUUAGUGACGACGACGUUAUAAAGGAAAAAUCAAAUAAUAAUGAACAAGUGGAUAAAAAAGUUUCUUCUAUGGGAUUUGGAAAGAAUGUCAGAGACCUACCAAGAGCAGCUGUCAGGAUCUUAAGCAACAUGACAUUCCUUUUUGUGAGUUUGUCAUACACAGCUGAGAGUGCCAUUGUAACUGCUUUCAUUACCUUCAUUCCCAAGUUCAUCGAGUCACAGUUUGGUAUUCCAGCUUCCAAUGCCAGCAUCUAUACUGGUGUUAUUAUUGUCCCCAGUGCUGGUGUUGGUAUUGUCCUGGGAGGCUACAUUAUAAAAAAAUUGAAACUUGGUGCCAGAGAAUCUGCAAAACUAGCAAUGAUCUGCAGUGGUGUGUCUUUGCUGUGUUUUUCAACCCUGUUUAUUGUUGGAUGUGAAAGUAUUAAUCUAGGAGGCAUCAACAUCCCUUAUACCACAGGACCUUCUCUAACCAUGCCCCAUAGGAAUCUGACCGGAAGCUGCAAUGUUAAUUGUGGGUGUAAAAUACACGAGUAUGAGCCAGUCUGUGGAUCGGAUGGAAUUACAUACUUUAACCCUUGUCUGGCUGGCUGUGUUAACAGUGGUAAUCUUAGCACUGGGGUACGGAAUUAUACAGAAUGCACCUGUGUCCAAAGUCGACAAGUGAUCACCCCACCCACAGUGGGCCAGCGCAGCCAGCUCCGUGUGGUCAUUGUCAAAACGUAUCUCAACGAGAAUGGCUAUGCUGUGUCUGGGAAGUGUAAACGGACCUGUAAUACCCUCAUCCCAUUCUUAGUUUUUCUUUUCAUAGUCACCUUCAUCACAGCGUGUGCCCAGCCAUCAGCCAUCAUAGUAACACUCAGGUCCGUAGAAGACGAGGAAAGACCUUUCGCACUGGGAAUGCAGUUUGUUUUGUUGCGAACACUUGCAUACAUUCCUACUCCGAUUUACUUUGGAGCAGUUAUUGACACCACCUGCAUGCUCUGGCAGCAGGAGUGUGGCGUGAGGGGCUCUUGCUGGGAGUACAACGUGACGUCGUUUCGUUUUGUCUAUUUUGGUUUGGCGGCCGGCCUCAAAUUCGUUGGCUUUAUUUUUAUUUUUCUGGCCUGGUACUCCAUUAAACACAAGGAGGUGGAGCUGCAGAGGCAGCGGUGGAGAGAGUUCCCGCUGAGCACUGUGAGCGAGCGGGUGGGCCAGCCCGGCAGCGCCGACCAGCAAGCCCGGACUAGGUCGUGCCCCGCUUUCAGCACCCAGGGAGAGCUCCACCACGAGGCUGGUCUGCGGAAAGGGAGCCAGUGCACAGCGCAGACUUUCCCAGGGCCCUUCCCCGAAGCAAUAAGUUCCUCUGCGGAGCCGGGGCUGGAAGAGAGCCCUGUGACCAUGUAGCCUCCUUUCUGAAGCUUGAAAAUGGAAGACUUCAGUUUUGUUGGUUGAGUUGAAGACGGCGACUUGCGAAACACCCGUGCCUUCUUAUCUUUCUUUCUUUAACCUCUACAGACACAAUCCUCAAACCAACAGAACUCAGUAUACACAGCCACUAUUGAUCGGGGGCUGGAUACCUCAACAAGACUGAGAGCCUUUCCUCCCUUCUCUGCAUGAAGGAGGAGUUUAGAUAGAUUUGUUACCAUUUCCGAUGUUAAUUUAGUGCUCAUGCUCCAGUAUGGCAUAAGGCUGAGGUACAUGGUUGACAGAAUCAUGGGAAGGGUGAUGUCGGUGCAUACCAUUAGCAUACGCUGCAAACAAAGGUGAGCUUGACCUUAACUGCAUUUACAAGUCAAAGUUUUUAGACGUGAACACCUACUGUGAGUUCUGCUACAAAGCACAAAUGAAUUUGCCUCAACUAUGCAAUUUGAUCAGAAAAAUGUAAGUGCAGCAUGUUCCUUUUGCUUUCAGAGAAUAAAGCAAAUGUUUUUUGAAAAGAGGAAGCUGAACUUUCCUUAGAGUACUGUUAAUAGCAUUUUAAGCCAUAGCAGAGUUAUAAAUCAGGUAGAAUUUUUCAAAUGCUUCAAAGGAACAAAAUGCAUAGUGUGAUAAAAAGAACAGCUACUUCAUUUCAUGAGACAAAUUCUCUUUUAGUCUGUCUGCUCCAUCAUGACAGUUAAAGAGGCCGCUGAAUCAUAAAUCUGAUAACUUGAAUAUAAACUCCAGUAUUCUUUCAUAAGAGGCUUUAAAACUAGUGUGCUAAACAAUAUGGCUAGAAACUGUAAUUUGAGAUGCAUAUUAAGGAAAAAAACUAAUGGCUUUUCUCAUCCAAGGAAAUUGCUGCAGAAAUUCUUUUAGCUCUUAAGGGCCCACAUAAGGUAGUUAAGAAUUGUAACCUGGACACUCAAGGAGUUGGAAAAAGUCCCACCUGAAUAUUUUCAUAAUAUCUUGAAAGCACUGGCGAAUCUAUAUUGUUUUCUUUUUUCUGUACAAAAAAGCUGCCAUUGCUCCUAAAAAUGAGUAAUUGAAUCAGGAAAGCUGUACCUGGGAUAUGAAAAAUCACUUUGAGUACAGAGGGAGGAAGAUCUGUGAGCUGAACCCAGAAUAUCAUCCUAAGUAAUGAUUGAAAAUAAUUUAAAAUAAACUGGUCUAUCAUACCAAAUCCUACUUUAUCAGAGUUAGAAUCAUUUUACAUGCCACUCUGAUUCCCUCCUACUGUCUCUUUCCCGCAGUGAUUCUGAGAAAGGAUUUUCCCCAUUCUUAAAUGCACUUUGGGUUCAUUAUCCAUCUUUCUUUUUAGUACGUUCCAGCACAUCGCUUUGAUUUAGGUACUACACGAAUGCUUUUACGUGGUGUGUAAAAUGAUGCCUCCUGACAGCACUAAUGGACUGACAGCAAGUUAACUCAUGGGAUCUGGCCGUGAGGGACUGUAAGGUUCAAAUACCAAUAUAAUUGUGAACAGUUUCUGCCAAGGAGCCUAUGCUUAUGUAGGGCUGGCGAAUUCAAGAAAUAGUUUCCCUGUCUAGUUAACACUCUUCCACAGAAGAGAUGUGGUUGGCAGACUGUACCGUGAUUGACAGACUGUCCCCUGAUACAGGCUCUUUGCCUUCCAUCUUGAUCAGCAGGCAGAAUCAUGCCAAUAUCCUUGGGUACAAGGUUUUUUUCUUCCCUACCUAGGAAUGGCAUUGGUCAAAUGGUUCUCUCGGUUGCAUGCAGUUUGUGGAGAGGGUUAUCACUAUUAGACUGAAUAAUGUCUACAAGGGGUAAAGCUACUGCUCAGGUGACAAGGACUUCCCUUUGGCCCUUUGGCUUGGCUCACAGUGAGGUGAGCAGUCUUGCUCGGCUAAGAUCGUAACUACAUUGGCUUCUGUCAGACUUUGGUCAAUGUGGCAUAUAUUAAAGGUUUUCAGAAAACAUUACUAAUUAACCUAGUGUCUACUCUGGGCCUUGGGGUUCCCCUUUACCCUUGAAGAGAUCUUUGGUCCUUUAGAAGAGAAAGUUUCCUUUGGCGUUGUAGCUAAAGAUGUGUAGAUUGGGGAGGGGUGGUGUUUUCUGGAUUUUCCUCUGAUUAUUAAAAUACUGCAUUGAGAGAAUUUUGGUGGGAUUGGCACUUUUUUGUGGCUAAGAUUGUUGGACUCAACAGGGGUAAGUAGAGAGCCUCAUUGCACCCACCCCCCCCUUCUCUACCUUGAAGAGUCAUCGAGUUCAGCAGUCAGUGUCCGGGCACUAGUUGUCUGUCAGGUACCAUUUUAACCGAUUACCAUCAAUCACUCUGAAAUCCUUUGGGAUGAUUUGGCCAGAACUCAAAGAAAUUGGCCUGAAAUGUGUACCACAAUGAUAAUAUUGUACUUCCGCAAGUUUCCAGUACUUAUAAAUAGCAUACUUAUAAAUAGCAAGUGUAUCAUUAAUGUGUUGUUGGUGGAUAUGGAACAAAUAGGAAAAAUUGUGAGGGAGAGAAUUUUUGGAAUAUGUACCAAUUAAGCAUAGUUCCCCAAAUGCUUUGGGCCCUGAUAGCAUCAUUGGAAUAUUACAUAGCCAACUAAAGUGACUAUUUUGUAGAUGAUACUAUUUAAUUGUAUACAUAAGGUCUUAUCUGUUUGUUAAUAAAUCGGUCAUGUUACUUUAUAGUCAUAGUUCUUAUUAGAAGUCUCCAUGAGUUUGGCUUCGAAUUAAUUAUUUUGGCAAAACGUCUUCUUAUGCCUUUAUGAACUUUGUAAAUUAAUGUAUUAUUUGGCUUUAAUAUCCAAAUACAAUAUCCUUGAGUCCAUCCUAUUAAUUUAGAAACUCCCAGCGGGUGGGAUGGAUGAUUGGAGCACAUUCUUUUGGUUACCUUCAUUAGCAUGAAAUCCUUAUUCUUUUUUGUAGGUGUGUUCAAUUCUUGAAAAUAGUCAGAAGCAAGGUGUUCAAGGUGGGGAGAAAGGAGGAACAGAGAGGAAACAAAUUAGCAUUUGUUGAGUGUUGACUAUUUGCAGAGCAUUUUGUCAUGCACUUAAUACACAUUAUUUAAUCCUCUUAAUAACCUUGCAAAGAUUUUAUUCUUUUGGUUUUUUAAAAAUACGUAUGAAACGGAGGCUCAGAGUAGUAAAGUAAUUUGGUUAGGAUUGUAUAGAGUGGCAAAGUCAGAGUUCAGACGUAGGUUUCUCUGACCGUUAUUCACUUCUUAUACUGCAUAAUGCAUACAGUAGUUUUUAGUUAACAAAGGCAAGAUGUGACUAUAAAAUAGUGAGGUCAGAGCAUUUUAUUUUUUGAUGUAUUACUGUUUCUGAGUAGAAAAGUUAUUUCUCAUGUAAAUAGAAAAAACUGUAGGAAACAUCAAGAUUUAAUGUUUAACUGGAUUUUCAAGGUAAAUUUACAUUUAUUUAGCUGUUAUAUUAAAAACUGUUUGUCAUAGCAUACCUCAAAUAUUUAUUUAUAGUUCAUAUUUAAUAUAGAACAAAUCCAAUUUCGAUGUUAACAUCGAGUCUCAGCAGAGUUUCUGAAAUGAAACCUUAGGAGGAAAGCUAUUUCACAUUGGUUGAAUCUGAGCUUUGGGGAUUUUAGGUAUAUAUUUUUUUCUUUCAGAAUAUUAACAUUUCUAUUAGUUUUUUGGUGAAUAUGAGUUUUAGUAUUCCUAAUAAAAAUUUUAAAUGAAUAUGUACAAAAGAGGUACUAAACUGCUGACCCCAAUUGUAACCUUUAGCUGGUGCAACAACCACUGGCAGCAUGCACUUGGAAGUGUCAGUCUGCACAGAAGGGGGUUACCUGGGUUAGGGGCUAGUGGAGGUAAUGGCAAUCCUACAUUUUCACCACCCACCAAGAAAAUUCUGCUUCAGUCAGCAAUUCCAGCUUGCAUCUUUUGGUGGACUUGGAGCCAGGUGUUUCUUUUUGCAGCCUGUUUUGUAGAAACCAUGUGCCAAAGAGAAGCUUCAUAGUUUGGAUGGACCUGAAGCAUUUGUGGGAAUUCUUUAGUGUGCCCAGGAGCAGUAGGUGAACCCAAGCCCAGGAUGGUAGCCAAUGAUAUUUUGUGAUUGUGUGUGUACUUAAAACAUCAUAGUUGGCACAGAACAUGAAUAUAACUAUUGAUACAUAGGUGCAUACUGAGUAUUCUAAGUAGCAGAUAGAUACCAAAACACUGUAUAAUCCCAGAAUUGCCUAGGCUGCAGGUUUGCUAAUACUCUGUUAUACAGACUGGUAGGUAGCCUUCACAUGCAUUUGUGUUUCCUCUUCUGUAGUACCGGAGCGCUGUGGCUGGUGGGCCAAGUUAGAUGCCUUGUGCACUUUAUCUUUUCUGUCCUUUCUCUCUUCUUCAUCUUCCGGGAUGCUGCUGGCUAUAUCUGUUUCAGACUUCUCAUUAUUGCAUUGAAAUCAGACCUGUUUGAAGAGGUUUUAUUUUAGUACUUCAUUUUUAGUCAGUCCUAGGAAGGGUCAGAGAUGACAGAAAUCCUCCCUGGGUAAUUGCUUUUGCAACAUUAAAAAAAUGCCUUGGUGCUAAAAGUAUUUAACGAUGCAUGUUCACCACUAAGAAGCUGCAUGUGCUUUGAGUCUGGAAAUCUGGAGAAUUUCUCAGAAAACAAGCAUCCAUUACUCUCAUUUCAACAGUUAAUCCAUAAACUCUAUGCUGCAAAAAUGAAGAGUGUAAGGGGGAAUACUUUUCUAUGGGAAACUCAGUGCUUUGGAUAUUUAUUUUAGCAAGAAUAAUUAGAUGCUAAAAGUAAUUUCAGAGAGAGGUAAAAAAAAUAUUUCAGAUAACCUUUUCUUAUUCCUUUUCCAAAAAGCUUACACUCAAGGUGUUUUUUUAACAUUGGGGUUUUGAAAGUGUUGUCUUUUUCUGGUAUUCUACCAUCACAUGUUAAAAUUGAAGGAGAACAUAUUAUUGAAAACGAAAAUAAUUGUUGGGACAUAUUAAACCAAAAGGAUGGACAAAAGAAAUUUAAAGUUCGUAUCUAGAAAUAAAAAAUAAGAAUUAAUUGGUAAGACUGGUACCAAUUAUUGGUAAUUGGUAAUUGAUAAUUGGUAAGACUAGUACCAAAUUGUGGGCAUUUUUCUUAAAAUACAUACCUCUCUACCAAAAACCCCAAAUGUUAAUUUAGAAGCACGAAGCAGGAAGGUCAGCCUCUGACUCUUUAGUUUCAGAAAAUGUAAAACUGUGUUAAAUAAACUGGCAUUAGGAUCUUAGUGGAGUGUGUGUCCAGUGUGUGUGUGGGUGUUUGUGUGUAGAGGUGUGCUUGUGAUGAAAGACUGUUCGAGUGCUGCGUAAAAAAGUUUGAUUUUUAAAAUGAAUAUUUAUUUGGAGACCUCUUAGGGUAAUUUAAAAGAUGUAUAAUUUCCUUGUGAUUAAUGAAAUCUAUUGUUGAUGUACUAAUAAACCUUGGUAUACAACAUCUUGAAUACUUGAUCAUGAAAAAUUAAGAAAAAAAAUUAAAAAGAAAACAAAUAAAGUGUGUUAGAUUGAGA